CUUAGAAUUUAAGAUCUGUAAGUGAGCUAAGUUAGCUAUGACUGCGGCCGGUGCUAUUCCCCUAAUGUCCUGAUACAAAAAAGGUAUGGUACGCCGAAGUUUUCUUUAAGAGAUGAAAAACACGGUACGCAACGUACAUGAACUGUCUCGUCAGGGACAUUCACGGUCAUAUUAACUUUUGAUAUGCUGAGAAAGGAUGGAGGGAAUUCGCAGGCGACUAACAAAACAAAUAUGGAAUGCUGCCAAUUCUUAUGUUGCAUUGUCAUGUAAACGGAGUGUCUGCAGAUCAGUUAAGCCCAGAGAAUCACCCUUCCAGAAUCUUCUGGGCGUCCCCUGGCUAGCUCUUCAAUGCAGAGGAAUUAAAAUUACAGGCACCGAUGUGAAGGUUGGGAAUGUCAUUGAAAAAAAUGGGUGCCUUUAUGAGGUCAUAAAAGCACAACACACUCAACAUGGCAGAGGAGGAGCAACUAUGCAGGUUGAACUGCGUGACCUGGAGAGUGGACUUAAAUUAACUGAGAGACUACGAACAUCAGAGCCUAUUGAAAAAGUUCAUCUUGAAGAUAGAACUUUUACGUUUUUGUAUGAAGAAGGUGACACUGUAUUUAUGAUGGACCCUGAAACCUUUGAGCAAGUAGAGCUUUCCAAAAGUAUUUUUGGCAAACGAGCGGCAUAUCUUACAGAUGGCAUACCAAUUACUGUGAGCUUUCAUGAAGGAAAAGCACUCUCUGGACAGAUGCCAAUUCGUAUGACUUGCACUGUGGCUGAAGCUGAACCUUCCUUCAGAGGCCAAUCUGUCUCAGCUCAGUAUAAAAAACUUGUGCUAGAGAAUGGGCGAACAAUAAUGGGACCUACAUAUUUGGAAGCUGGUGAUAAGAUAGUUGUGAAUACAAUCGAGGAAACUUACUUGGAAAGGUAUUGGAGUAGUUCACAAUCAAUAUGUGUGACGACUUAUUUGCUCAAAACAAAGUGCUUCCACCACCUGACAGCUAGGACAAGUGCAUAUAAUUGUGAUCUUUCUUGCCCUAGAACAGCCUGUAUAAUAAAGCUCGAUGCAUCUGCCUUUUAUUUCAAAUGCUUCCCUUAAACUGGGUAAGGGCUGCCAAGCGUUAAUGGAGCAAAUUUUAGGCUGAAAGCAAUUUAUGACAUAUUCCAUCUAGCAAUUAGUUUAUUGAUUAAUGAUUAUCUAUUUAUUUUGUUGUUUAUUCAAUUGGUUUCAUGGUACCUUCACUUUGUGGCCAUCCUAUGUGAGGUUUAUGAAAUUUUUUACUUGCAUUCUCAUAAAGCCAUAUAUUAUUGUCACAACGACAUGAGCCACAAUUAUUUUUUUAGUGUGGGUAGCAUGUAAUUUAUUUGUCAUGCCAUAAAUGUCAAAUAUAUAGUUUAUAAUAGAAACCACUGUUUGAACAAGUAGUGUUGGGUGUUGAAAUUCCUAAAUAAAAGUUGAUGUUCACACAA